AUGGAACAGUCUCUUGAGGCCAUCAGCAAAGAGUUUGGCAUAAACUUCUUCGAGAAGCGUAAAUGGAACGGCGUGCUGCGGGACACUGUGUCUCGUACGUGGAAGUUCGCCACCAGCAUCACUCACCGCCGCUUUCAGGCGCGUACACGUCAUACUCGACUGUCACAGCCAAAAUGGCGCCUCCCCCUCGAACUCCUUGAGCAAAUCGUCGAUCACCUGCACAACGAUCAUUCAACACUCUGCAGCUGCGCGCUCAUCUGCCACGCACUCGUCGCUUCAGCACAGCAUCAUAUAUUCCAUAGGAUGGUCAUAAAAGCCGAGAACUUCGUCAGCGCCGUCCUACUCUUCCUCAAGAACCCCCAUCUCACCGGUCACGUGCGCGAGCUGUACUUCGAAGCCGGCGAAGGGGCCGCCUUCGAGUCUCUGCAGGCCGUUCUGAAUGGAAAUGGACCACCCAAACUCCUCCGGGUAUUUGCGCUCGUCAUCGCGCCACGUCUACCUAACGUCGUACGCCUCGCUUUCAAGGAUGUUCCUUUCGACCAACAUGUGGUGGCCAUGUUCGCGUCAUCCUUCCCGCGCCUCCACUCGCUCUCUCUGUUCGACUGCUGGUUUCGCUGCAACACAGAUUUAGAUGCGUUGCUUAAGGGACAUCCCCUCAUACAUACUCUGCGCUGUGGGCGGAUAUGUUCCCUGUACGGCACCUCUGACCAGGACGCCGCCGAGCCACGCGGAGCAAAGUUCACACUGCGCUCGCUCAAAAUCACGGAGUCAAACUCGCACAUCCCUCUGACGGUCUUGCCUUGGCUGGUGACCCACGUCGAGCCGGAGACGUUGAUAUACUCGCUCUACCAGCUAGACCAAGUCGCAAAGCUGAAUGAGACCAUCGUCGAGUACGCUACUUUGCGACACAUACAUCUUGUUCUGCCCCGUUGGCGCAAGGAAGACACCAGGGAGGUGACUGCACGUCCGCCUGUGGUGGCCAUAAUGCCUUACUAUCCACCCAACCUCGUCACUCUUACAGUGGACACGAAGCUGCAUUCCCUGCUUCUUGGGGUCCACAUCCUCGCGCAACUCGACCCACAUGCCUUCGUACGCCUUUCUACCGUCAACAUCAUUGCGCACAUCAAUGUUACGGAAAUCGAGGCCGUCGACACGGACGCGUGGGCGGGCAUGGAUCAAACACUCAGUGUCCUCCUCUCGCUCGCUUCAGUGCACUUCAUCAACAUGUGCAACGACUCGUCUCACGUCGAGGCGGGUUACGCCGCGAUCGUCAAACGCCUUCCAGUGCUCCGCGUGCGCAAGGUGCUCUCAUUCGUCGCUCAGAGACCGCCGAAGUAA